AUGUCAAAAAAAAUCAAAACUGACAAUUAUAAGGGGGAUUCACCUUUCCUCACGGGUAAUCAAACUCGAAUUUUUCGUCCUUUUCGUGCCAUUGGGUAUGUCACAAAUGACAUACCAUUUGACCUUCAAAUAAGAGGGGAUACAUACUUUGUCACAACAUGUAUAGGCAAUAGCUUUCACAUAUAUGAUUGUGCCAAACUUAAUUUGAAAUAUGUAGGAACACAAACAGAAAACCCUAUAACAGCAAUUGCUUCGUACGGUGAUACUAUUUUUGUUUCUUGUGGGAAGGAUCUUAUCGCUUUCAAAUUUGGUAAAGAGGUUUCGCGCUAUCAUGGAAAUCAUCAAGGAAAUAUCUUUUUUUUAUCAAUUUUUAGCAAUUAUAUUAUGGCUCUUAGUGAGGACAAUGUCGUUGUACUCUGGGAUCAUAAGUCUGGAGGACUACACUCUGAAAUUCAAUUUGACGAAAGUUUCACGAUAUCAACUAUUAUUCAUCCAAGCACGUAUUUAAACAAAGUAUUACUUGGCAGUAGGCAAGGGACGAUGCAAAUUUGGAAUAUUCGAACAAAAAAGUUGAAAUAUUCAUUUUCUUCGUUCGGAUCUUCGAUUACGUCACUCGUACAAUCACCCGUUGUUGACGUCAUCGCGAUCGGUUUACUUGAUGGUACAAUAGUCAUUCAUAAUAUCAAGUUAGAUGAGCGUAUUAUGUCUUACAAACAGGAGGGUCGUGUUACAUCUAUAACUUUUAGAACAGUUCAAAUCUUAGAUGAUCGGCCUAUAAUGGCGACCGCUAAUAUGUACGGUGAUAUAACUCUUUGGAAUCUUGAUGAGAAAAGGUUAUCACAUAUUAUAAAAGGUGCUCAUGAGGGAUUAAUUCCUUCAAUACAAUUUCUCAAUGGUCAGCCUAUAUUGCUUACUUCUGGCGCUGAUAAUUCCAUAAAGGAAUGGAUUUUCGACACUUUAGAUGGAGUUGAGCCUCGUCUUUUAAAGUCAAGGUGUGGUCAUCAUGCUCCUCCAACUAAAAUUGAAUUUUAUGGAUCUGAUGGUCAUUUUAUUCUGAGCUCAGCUGGGGAUAGGUCAUUAAGAAUAUUUUCAUUGAUACGGGAUUCACAAAGCGUGGAAUUGUCUCAAGGGUCAAUUCUCAAAAAGUUUAAUAAGUCUAAAGAUCAUAUACGAAGUAUUGACGUUCUUAAAUUACCACAAAUAAUCCAAUUUUCUUCAUCUGAAGUAAAGCAGAAAGAGUGGGAUAAUAUUAUUUCUUGUCAUAUAAAUAAUAAUGGGGCUCGAACAUGGUCAUUUCAAUCCAAAGCUAUUGGCAAACAUAUUCUACGUACUCUUGAUGGAUCAUAUGUUAAGGUUUCAAACAUAAGUGCAUGCGGAAAUUUCGGUUUCAUCGGAUCAUCAUCUGGCUAUAUCGAAAUGUAUAAUAUGCAAUCUGGCAUUCAUCGGAGAACCUUUGCUGGAGAAGAUAAACACACGAAAGCCAUUUCGGGCAUAGCAAGUGAUGCGCUUAAUCGCAUUAUAUGGGAUUUUAAUACAGCAAAAAUUAAAACCACUAUCGAAAUAGCGUCCCCUAUUUCAGCUUUAAGAUUCCAUACGGAAAAUGAUUUAUUGGCAAUUGUUAGUGAUGACUUGUGUAUUCGCGUUAUAGAUGUAGAAACUAAUAAAAUUAUUAGAGAGUUUUGGGGCCAUAAAAAUCGAAUAACAGAUUUGACGUUUAGUCCUGAUGGACGGUGGGUCGUUACUACAUCUCUUGAUGCUACAAUCCGCACUUGGGAUCUUCCAACCGGCCAUUUAAUAGAUAUAUUUCGAGUAGAAAGUGUUCCAACCAGUGUAACAUUCUCGCCGAAUGGCGAUUUUUUGGCAACUUCACACGUAGAUCUUGUAGGAAUUUUCUUAUGGGUGAACACUACACUAUUCUCUAAUGUUACGUUGAGAAGAAUAACUGAUGAAGAAGAUAUUUCUUUGAUUGAGCUUCCAACCACAUUGGGCAUAGAAGAUAAUAAUGAAGAUUUGUUUGCAUCUAAUUCUAAUGAAGUAAAUGAUGUUUCAUUUGAAACACCUGAACAGCUCACGGAGCAAAUGAUAACUUUGUCAUCGCUUCCGAAGUCCAAAUGGCAAAAUUUAUUGAAUUUAGAAACUAUUAAGAAACGAAACAAGCCUAAGGAACCUCCUAAAGCUCCAGAGAGGCCACCAUUUUUCCUCCCUACAUUGCCUGGAGUUGAUCCAAAAUUUAUUCCUGCACUCACUUUAAAUGAAUCGGAGGAAGAGAAAAAACAAAAAAGUGAUAAAACUAUAAAUUUGAAUGGUAUUAAAAUAGAAACUGAAUUCUUGAAAAUAUUGAAAAAUAAUCACUCUACUGGAGAAUAUUCCGAGUUCUUUAACUAUGCGAAAACGUUGAACCCUUCUGCAAUUGACUUUGAAUUACGCACGCUAAGUCUUGAUAACAAUUUUGAAGAUUUAAGAUUUUUCUUAGAUGCGAUAAAAUCAAGACUAAAGUCUAAAAAAGAUUUUGAAUUAGUUCAAGCAUAUCUGAACCACUUUUUAAAAAUCUAUGGUGAUAUUAUUGCUGGUAAUUACGAAUUACUCGGGAGUAAUCUAGAAUCAAUAUUAAAUGAGCAUAAGAAAGAAUGGAGUAGAAUUGAUGAACUCCUACAUUAUAAUAACUGUAUUUUAGAAUUUUUCAGAAAAUAA